AUGGCGGCCGGACCAAUCCCAGUGCAACAGCCUGCAGUCAAGGUGGUUUACAUCGACACUCGUUACGUGGACGUUGAUCCCCUCAGCUUCAAAUCGGUCGUCCAGAGCCUCACCGGCAAGGACUCCUCCGCCGUUGAUAUUGCAUGGAUGACGACGGCAAACAGCUCCAUUUCAGGGCAAAAGCGCAAAAGAUGCCGCGGCGGUGGCGUUUCAGCUUCAUCGGAAGAAUACUGCUGCUCGUCGUAUGAUAAGGGGUUUGAGGGAUUGUUGAUGGAGCUGCCGCCGCGGCCCAUGGAGGAGUUGCGGUGGCUCUGGUCUGAAUCAAAAUCCCUAGCCACUUAG